GUCCGACAAGCCAGGCACACAGACUGCCAGCAUGCCUUUGGCUAGAGAUUUACUGCAUCCUUCCUUGGAGGAGGAAAAGAAGAAACAUAAAAAGAAACGGCUAGUUCAUAUUCUGAAUUCUUAUUUUAUGGAUGUAAAAUGCCCAGGUUGCUACAAGACCACCACAGGUUUCAGCCAUGCUCGGACAGUGGUUCCUUGUGCAGGCUGUACAGCAAUCCUGUGUCAGCCUACAGGAGGAAAGGCCUGACUCACAGAAGGCUGUUCCUGGAGAAGAA